AAUUCCUGCAAUUUUUCCGUUAUAAUUUAUAUAAGAUUCCCAAAAUCUGAUAUUCUUCUCUCCUUAUAUAUAGAAUCACAACAAAAACACAGAGAAAAAUCGAGGAAGAAAUUGAGAAUGCUUUAGGGUUUCUGUAAGGAUCCACAUUUCUCUGCAAACCACAAAGCCCUAAUUUGAAGGGGCUGCGGUUUGUAGAGAUCAUCAUUUCUGUGGUAUUUUCUUCUCCUUUCUCUGUUUAAAUUUCAAUUCUAUCUUAAUUCGUCGCAAUUGUUGUUACUUUUCCGACAUGGCGGGUCAAAACAACCCGGAAUUCUCCCAAAAAGAACCCGACGUGAACGAAGAAUUACAGGAGCUUGAAUUUACCAAGCGGGGCUGUUGUUUCUGGCUACCGUCUUUAAGGUGUGGACGCAGCGUAUGGGAACGGAUCUCAACGAGCGAUCAAAAGGAAGAACCCCGUUGGUGGGAUAAGGGUGUAAACGCCGUUAAGAAAGUUAGAGAGUGGUCGGAACUCGUCGCGGGUCCGAAAUGGAAGACGUUUAUUCGCCGGUUUAAUAAGAACCGGUCCAAAACGAAUAAAUUCAAUUACGACCCGUUAAGUUACUCCUUGAAUUUCGAUGACGGUCCAGGGGUAAAUGAUCAGUCGGAAGAUGAUCGUUUGUUUCGUGAUUUCUCAUCGAGAUUUGCGUCGAUUCCGGUUUCUGCUAAGUCUUCAAUGGAUUUAGGCAAGGACCCACCAUCCUUCUUGUGAAUUCCUAUCCCGUCAGAAAAUUGAGGCGAAUUAUGAAAGAGAGUGGCCAUGAUGUGGAAUCUGAUGAGCGGCGGCGGCGGUUGGCCGUGAAUUGAGGCGGAGAAAAUGAUUGGACUCUGUUGUUGGACGCUUGUGACGGUGAUGAAACAGGUGGUUUUGAUUCUCUGACAUAAAAACUUGGUCGGUUGAUUGAUUUGUUGUGAUCAAAUAGGUGUCUUUAUUUUUCUAGUUAUAUUUGUUUUAUUCGGUUGAUGUUAGUUACUGCAGUAUUAUUAAAUUGGAUACUUUAAUUGGAAAAUAUUACCAGCUUUGUUUGUAUACAGGUUCAUAGGAUACAAUUUAUAAAGGUGUUUCAGAUUUCCUUUUUCUCA